UUUAUCUCGGUCCGAAGAACGCCGAGUGCAGUGUUAUAAAUCUGCAGUACUCGUGCUUGGCAAGCAUAACUGGAAACUCGAUAUUGAGUGUGUGUUGUCCUUGAAACUGGAACAAAGUUCACACACACCUUUCAUCGUUUGUAUGUUCUAAGUUGCUGUAUUUUCGUGAACCAAUAUCUUCUAUCGACGGUUACAAAGUCCAGACAGCGUCAUGGAAGCAGACGACAGAAAGAUGGGCAAAAUCUCCAAACGUGAGGUAAAGGAGCACGGAGAAGUAUACGACUAUGUUAAGCUGAAACAACUGCCAGAGUUCGGGGAUCUCAGCGACAAGGUAAAUGAUUUACUGAAAAGAACAUCAUGGAUGGAAUUGUAUGGGAUCGACUGGAUGGUCCAUCUGACAGGUAUUGCAGGGAUAGCUUUCAGUUUAUGGUUGCUGAAAUCUGACUCGAUAUUUACACUUGUUGUUGGAGGGUUGUUAAUGGGGUGCUGCCACUCUGUUCUCGCAACAAAGGGAGGCCACCUCUCUGCGCAUGGAUCAGUUUGUCAGUCGCCUGCUUGGAACAAAUUCUGGACUGUGUUUUUUGUCGAGUUUGUUGGUUCGUUUUCAUCGGAGGCUGCGAUCGAUAUACACAUCAAGUAUCACCAUCCUCACACAAACAUUAUCGGACUCGGUGACUCAAGCACAUGGAAGAUGCCCAUGCUCCCCUCGUACAUUUACAUGUUUGUGGCUCCUAUUCUGCUUCCCCUAGCAACACCGUUUGUUGGAUUUUCAAACCUUUUUGGUCAAUGGAUGAAGCUGCUUCGAGCUGUCAUUGUCGUUUCGUUAGGCCUUGCCCUCCACUUUUACCUUUUAAUGACAUUUUCGGGAUUUUCUCUGCUUGGCGCAGUAAUAUGCACAUUUGCCAGCCGUGCUACCCUCUCAAUUCCAUACAUCCAUGUCAACAUUUUCCAGCACAUUGGCUUACCUAUGUAUUCAAACAAAGACAGACCCAAGAGGAUUUACCAGAUGGCUACAGGGGUGCUGAAUCUGAACAGGAACCCGAUUCUUGAUUAUUGUUUUGGGCACGGUAUCAUCAGCUGCCAUGUAGAACAUCACCUCUUCCCAAGACUGUCGGACAACAUGUGCUUCAAGAUCAAACCCCUGGUUUCCAAAUUCCUGAAGGAAAGUGGGCUCCCUUACAACGAAGAAACCUACUCGAGCCGACUGAGUCUCUUCAUAGACAAGUAUGAGGAACUGAUGGUGAACGCCCCACCAAUCACUCACUUUGUUGGACUUCAGUAACUUACGGGAAAGACAUUUGAAAGUGUCGAAAUUAGUUGUGAAUGUCAUCUUUGGGGAUUAGUGAACUAAGUGAUAUAUGCUGACCUGAUGAUUGGUGUCAUUUAUGGACAUCCUAUUUUUCUCAUUCAAUUUAUGUUCCUUAAUUAGGGUAAAGGUGAUUAAUUGUUGGUGUAUUUGUUGUUAUAUUGUCCAAGAGUAGGAAGCUAGUAUCAUUUUUGUGAGCAUUUUUGUUCUCCCAAGUUUAAGUCAUCUCGUUGUUGUAUGGAUGCCAUAUUUGAAUAGCACACUGGAUUUCUGACGGAAUCACACACGAAUCCAUGUUGGAACAAAUCUUUCAGAAUGUAGUUAUGCGAGGAUUUUUUAUUGAAUUUAUGUUCGAUAUUGAUAAUAAGUUUGACCUUAAAAAACUGGAGCGGCGUUUCCCACCACCAGUAAAUCAGUAUUCGAUCUAGUCCUGUAAUGCACAUAGAAGUCAAAAACGUUAUUUGAUAUCUACACUCACCACUGAACAAUUAUCGUCAUUUUCCCACGUUAGUUUUGUAAAUAUUGCGUUAUUAACGUUUGCGGUACCAUUUAUAUUGAUUUUUGUGAAACUAUGAGAAAAUUCGUUUCAGUAGGUGAAAAAUCGAUUUGUGUUAUACUCCGAGGAGUGAAUCAAAGCAAUGGAAACUGAAUUUUCCCAUCAAGAAGUUAUCGCUAUUUCCAAUACACGAAUCUACAUAUGUCAUACGUAUUACUAGUAUGUAUUAUGAAUUUCGUGAUAUGUCUUGGUUAUGCAUUUUGAAAACAAGUGCUAAAUUACAAAUCGUAUUUUCAGAAAGAAAUGACUGCAAGCAAUGACUAAACUAAAUGUGCCCAAUUUUGUUGGAUGUCUGUCAACGAGAACUAGUCUCUCAUGACCAUGUACAUCUUUUUUUAGGUAUUUUUAAAUGUUAUGGCUAUUUUAUGUAUUUUCGAAUAUUUUGAUCAUCAUUGUCGGAUAGAAAAUUCUCUUUCAUUGCCAUCACGUGUUUGCGUUAAUUAAAACGGGGUGCUUGGCCUUAAUUGGUCAUUAUAGGUCGUUAUUGGUCGUUACUGGCCAGUGCAGACAUCUAGUUGUGUAUGUGUAUUAGUUGAGUAUGUUUGUACAGUCAUAAACGCGGUGUGCAUGCAACAUUUUAGAAACCCGGUGAGAAAACGGUUUUGAAUAUUGUAUAAGAACUGUGAUAAUGCAACAGCAAUGCAAGCACUUAUAUUUUGUUAUGUAAAUUUUUAAUUGUGUAGUAUUAUAGUGAGCAUUAUGUGUACUAUAUUUCCGCAGUGCAUUAUGUUUUUACCGUGCCCGAUAAUCUUUUGUUAUUUAUAUUUUCCCCGGAUACAUUCCAGUCCAUGCAGUUUGUAAAAUAGAAAAUAAUAAAGCAUGUAAACAAUUAUUCUAAGCAAAUAUUUAGAAAUGAUCUUUUUAAGAAUUGAAACAAACCAAAUGUACCGUUGUCGCCGUUGUACCGAGUUCGAAUCCCAGGUUUGCCCCAGUUACCAUGUUGUAUUUAAGUACAUCACCACUAUUGUUCGGAUUCAUCAAAGUGGUUGUACCUCUGACCUGCUCUACAGUGCGUUGUUUCCCAAACGAAGUCGACAACUGGUGAUAUGACUGAAAUAAUUAUCAAAACAGUGUUAUACCAAAAUCACUCCCUCACCAAUCAAUCCAAUAGGUUUGUAACUGGGAUAGAACCAGAAGUAAGCAAUGCAUGUAUUCUUGAAGACGACAGACAUCCCAUGAAAGAGAUUAACACAACAGUACAAGGAAUGAGGAUGAUAUUAAAUGGAUGAUAUUUUAUGAUAUAUCACGACUAACCCUGUCUACAAAUGAUGUCUUAUUUCUUGUAUUGCUGUUCAUUUUAAGUUGGUUGUAUUUAGAUUUUCUACUGAAGUAUUUUUUUUUAUAACUGAUGCUUACCAAAAUUAAAGAUUUUGUGCGUCAUAAAGACUGUUUUAAGUUUC